AUGUCGAUCUACGAAUCUACUGUUCCUACGACCUCUGCGUUCAAUACCGCAGACUACAAGCCGCAGCUCGUCAAGGGCGUGGAGUCGGUGCUGGUGAUCGGGUCCGGAGGGCUUUCGAUCGGCCAGGCCGGUGAGUUCGACUACUCGGGAUCCCAGGCCAUCAAGGCUCUCAAGGAGGCCAACAAACGCACGAUCCUCAUCAACCCCAACAUCGCAACCAACCAGACGUCGCACGCGCUGGCAGACGAGAUCUACUACCUGCCGGUCACCCCAGAGUACAUCACGUACAUCAUCGAGCGUGAAAGACCAGAUGCCAUUCUGCUGACCUUCGGUGGCCAGACCGGUCUCAACUGCGGUGUGGCGCUAGACAAGAUGGGCGUCCUCGAAAAGUACAACGUCAAGGUGCUAGGAACGCCUAUCAAGACCCUGGAAACCUCCGAGGACAGAGACCUAUUUGCCCAGGCUUUGAAGGAAAUCAACAUCCCUACCGCGGAAUCGUUCGCCUGUGAAACCAUCGACGACGCCCUUAUCGCUGCCGAAAGAGUUGGGUACCCUGUCAUCGUCAGAUCUGCGUACGCCCUUGGUGGUCUGGGCUCCGGUUUUGCCAACAACGAGUUGGAAAUGAAGCAAUUGGCCGCACAAGCCCUAUCGCUAUCCCCUCAGAUUUUGGUCGAGAAGUCCCUAAAGGGCUGGAAAGAAGUCGAAUACGAAGUUGUACGCGACAGAGUCGGCAACUGUAUCACCGUCUGCAAUAUGGAAAACUUUGACCCCUUGGGUGUCCACACCGGUGACUCUAUCGUCUUCGCACCCUCUCAAACUUUGUCGGAUGAAGAGUUCCACAUGUUGAGAACUGCUGCUAUCAAGAUUAUCAGACAUUUGGGUGUAGUCGGUGAGUGUAACGUCCAAUACGCUUUGCAACCAGAUGGUCUAGACUACAGAGUCAUCGAAGUCAAUGCUCGUUUGUCGCGUUCCUCUGCUCUGGCUUCUAAAGCUACCGGUUACCCAUUGGCUUACACUGCUGCCAAGAUCGCUCUAGGUUACACGUUACCAGAAUUGCCAAACCCAGUUACCAAAACCACAGUAGCAAACUUCGAGCCUUCCUUGGAUUACAUCGUGGCCAAAAUUCCUCGUUGGGAUUUGGCCAAGUUUCAGCAUGUUAACAGAAACGUGGGUUCCGCCAUGAAGUCCGUCGGUGAGGUGAUGGCCAUUGGUAGAAACUUUGAAGAGGCCUUCCAGAAAGCCAUCAGACAAAUCGACCCCUCUUUCUUGGGUUUCCAAGGUUCCGACGAGUUCGGCGACGACCUAGACGAAGUUCUCGCCAACCCAACUGACCGCAGAUGGUUGGCCUUAGGACAAGCCUUGAUUUACGAAGGUUACUCUGUCGAAAAGGUUCACGAACUGUCCAAAGUUGAUGCCUGGUUCUUGCACAAGUGCAUGAACAUGGUGGAGAUGUACAAAGAACUUGACGCUGUGAACUCCUUGGAAGCAUUGGACAAAGAACUUUUGAUGAGAGCCAAGAAAAUGGGUUUCUCCGAUAAGCAGAUUGCUAUUUCCAUCAACAAGAACACUGAAGGCAAGGUCCAAGAGCUUGACGUCAGAAAAUACAGAAAGUCCUUUGGCAUCACCCCAUUUGUUAAAAAAAUUGAUACCCUAGCAGCAGAGUUCCCCGCCAACACCAACUAUCUAUACACCACUUACAACGCGACCAAGAACGACGUUGAAUUCGACGACAAGGGAAUGUUGGUCCUAGGAUCCGGUGUCUACCGUAUUGGAUCUUCCGUGGAGUUCGAUUGGUGUGCGGUCAACACUGCCAGAGCCUUGAGGGAGUCUGGAAAGAAGACUGUGAUGAUCAACUACAACCCAGAGACUGUUUCUACCGAUUUCGAUGAAGUUGACAGACUAUAUUUCGAAGAGCUUUCUUUCGAAAGAGUCAUGGAUAUCUAUGAACUAGAAAACUCCGAAGGUUGUAUCAUCUCUGUCGGUGGCCAGCUUCCUCAGAACAUCGCUUUGAAGCUUCAAGACGAUGGUGCCAAAAUUUUGGGUACAAACCCCAUCGACAUUGACAGAGCUGAAAACAGACACAAGUUCUCGUCCAUUCUUGACAGCAUUGGCGUUGACCAACCUGAGUGGAGCGAAUUGUCGUCCGUUGUCGAAGCUGAAGAGUUUUCGAAUCGUGUUGGCUACCCAGUGUUGAUUCGUCCAUCUUACGUUUUGUCUGGUGCGGCUAUGAGCGUUGUUAACUCCGAGGAUGAGCUACUAACCAAAUUGACAAACGCUUCAGACGUGUCUCCCGACCACCCAGUGGUCAUUUCCAAGUUCAUUGAAGGAGCUCAAGAAAUCGAUGUCGACGCUGUCGCUUACAAUGGUGAGGUGUUGGUGCACGCUAUUUCUGAGCACGUUGAAAACGCCGGUGUCCACUCUGGUGACGCUACGUUGAUUCUACCUCCACAAUCUCUAAGCCAGGAAAUCAAGGAUAGACUAUAUGAUAUUGCGAAAAAGGUUGCGAAGGCCUGGAAAAUCACCGGUCCUUACAACAUGCAAAUUAUCAAGGAUGACAGAAACGAGGGCACCACUUUGAAGGUUAUUGAAUGUAAUAUCAGAGCCUCCAGAUCGUUCCCAUUCGUAUCCAAGGUCUUGGGUUGCAACUUCAUUGACGCCGCAGUCAAGGCGUUUAUCGGCGAAGACGUUCCUAAGCCUGUGAACCUGAUGGACCAGAAGUACCCAUACGUUGCCACCAAGGUGCCUCAAUUCUCUUUCACACGUUUGGCUGGUGCAGACCCCUUCUUGGGCGUUGAGAUGGCCUCCACCGGUGAGGUCGCUUCCUUCGGUAAAGAUGCCUUAGAGAGUUACUGGACCGCUAUGCAAAGUACCAUGAACUUCAACGUUCCUCUGCCACCCAGUGGUAUCUUGUUCGGCGGUGAUCUGAGCAAGGACUAUUUGGGCCAAGUGUCUGGCUUGGUAGCGGGACUUGGAUUCAAGGUCUACGUCACCAGCGAAGCUACCAAGGCGUACCUGGAGAAGUUCGUUCCUAGCGACUGUGCUGUUGUUAUCAUCGAGUUCCCAAAGAACGACAAGCGUAAGUUGCGUGAGCUGUUCCAGCACUACGACAUCAAGGCUGUCUUCAACUUGGCCGCCAAAAGAGCCGAGUCUCUUGAGGACGUGGACUACGUGAUGAGAAGAAAUGCCAUCGAUUUUGCCCUACCUCUUUUCAACGAGCCUCUAACAGCAUUGCUGUUUGCCAAGGCUCUAACACAAAAGGUUGGCGAGAAGUUGAAGAUACUCGAAUCCACCGAUGUUAUUGUGCCUCCUGAGGUGCUAACAUGGCACGAGUGGAUUGGUCAGAGACCAAUGUAG